AUGAAGGGAAGAUACUUGAAGAAAAGAUUGAAGCAUGUUGUUGAGCCGGAUAAAAAUUGUGAAACUAGGGUUGAAGAUAUUGCUUGGCUUUGCUCCCUUUCGGAGUCUGAAAUUGUAUGUCCCUUCAUUUCACUUGUUCAUUUGAACCGUGGAGUUAACAAGAUGAAGGACGUGCUGAUUAGCUUGAAAUUGUUGAUCAUUCAGCGUGCAAAAAUGAUAGGUUGUAAGGAGAUGGCUAAAAAAUUCAACCUCAAAAUGAUUCGAGCCAUUGCACUUAUUUUGAUGGAACAUCUCAAGUCACAGAUAAAGGAUUCAUCAAUUAUCUCCAAUACAGUGAAUUCUACUGCGCUUUUCGAUGCUUGCAACUUAUUGAAUUUUAACAAUGAGGUUGAUGCAAAUAUUGACGAGCUAAGCACAAGUCUUGGUGCUGAUAUACAAACAUUACUUAAAAGGGUUGUUAGUUAUGUUGAGUAG